GGUGUCUUCACUCGGUCAUAUUUUGCUGUGACCCUCUUCCAAAAUGGCUUCCAAACCAGAACCGGUCUACCAAAUCUUCUCAUUUCGAGACAGUAAAACCUCUCCCGACCCCAUUUUUGACCUCCCCGACCAAUGUUUGGGCCCCUCACCGGCCGCCAUAGUGAUCGAUAACGGCUCCUUCCAGACCCGGGCCGGCUGGGCCUCCCCGGCGGCGCAGAAUGGCUCCCCGCGGCUGCUCUUCAAGUCGGUGGCGGCACGCAGCAGAGGCGCCGCCCGCAGCGAGACCCAGAUCGGCAACGACAUCCCAAACCUGGAGCCGCUGCGGUGGCUGCUGAAGAGCCAGUUCGACCGAAACGUGGCGGUGAACUUCGAGAUCCAGGAGCUCAUGUUCGACCACGUGUUCACUCACCUGGGCAUCGACUCGGAGGGCAGUGUGGCACACCCCAUUGUGCUGACAGAGGCACCCUGCAACCCGCUGCACUGUCGUCAGAUGAUGUCAGAGUUGCUGUUUGAGUGCUACCGCGUCCCGUACGUCUCCUACGGCGUGGACAGUUUGUACAGUUUCUACAACAACAACACUCAAAGGAGCCUCCAGCCACCUCACACGGGCAUCGUUCUGUCCUCAGGGUACCACUGCUCUCACAUCCUGCCGGUCAUCAACGGCAGGUUUGAUGCGGUGAACUCUAAGCGUGUGAACGUGGCUGGGAGUCAGGCAGCGUCUUACUUGCAGCGCCUCCUCCAGCUGAAAUACCCAGGUCACCUCGCCGCCAUCACACUCAGCCGCGUGGAGGAACUACUGCAUGAGCACAGUUACAUUGCUGUGGAUUACCAUGAAGAGCUGGAAAAGUGGCGCAGCCCCGAGUUUUAUGAGCGGGAAGUUCACCGUAUGCAGCUUCCCUUCUCGGGUAAGGUGCCGGGCGGCUGUGUGAGUGUGGAGGAGAGGCAGGAGAGACGGGCUCAGCAGCUUCGACGGCUUCAGGAGAUCAACGCUCGCCGCCGGGAGGAGAAACUGCUGCAGGACCAUGAGAGGCUGGACAGACUUCUGGCAGUGAAUGAACUGCUGGAGGACGGCCUGUUGGAUCAUUUUCAUAAGAGCCUGGUGGAGCUCAACAUGGACUCGGCCGAGGAGCUGCAGUCGUACAUCAACAAGCUGCAGCUGGCGGUGGAGCAGGGUAGACAGAAACUGCUGCAUAGCGACGGCCCGGAGGGAAAGAUUGAGGUGUCUGAGAUGGAGCAACCGAUGGACGAUGGAGAUGGAGUGGCUCUGAUCGAUUCUGACUUCCCCGACGACGCGCUGCCAGAAAAACCUGCAAAUGUGAUUCAGCCCGUGUUCAACAUGGCGGAGUACCACCAGCUGUUUGUAGGGACGGAGCGCCUGCGGUGUCCAGAGAUCUUGUUCCAGCCGUCGCCAACUGGAGAGGAUCAGAUGGGACUCAUGGAGACGCUGCAGUACGUCCUUGCCAGGUACACACCGGAGCAGCAGGAGGCGCUGGUGAGCAAUGUGUUUUUGACAGGAGGGAACAUGCAGUACCCCGGUAUGAAGGAGAGAGUGGAGAAAGAACUGCUGGCUAUGAGGCCCUUCCAGUCACACUUUAAGGUGACGAUGGCGUCCCGGCCGGCCCUGGAUGCCUGGUACGGGGCGAGAGACUGGGCCAUGCAGCAUCCACCUAGCGGAGAGGGAGGAGCAGCAGAGGGCUGGAUCAGCAGACAGGAGUACGAGGAGAAAGGGGGCGAGUACCUGAGCGAGCACUGCGCUUCAAAUGUCUUUGUUCCCAUGAAAAUCACCAAACCAGUUCCUGCUCGCCCCACCGAGGCCUCUGCCACCACGCUGACAUCAACCGGGGCUCCUGCUGCUGUCACCACGGUUACGUCCGCCCUGUCCCCCUCCUGUUCUACUGUUGCUGCUAAUGUUACUUUGGUUACUUCCUGAACUGAGAUCUCUGUUAUCGUUGAGUCUCUGAUUGUAAUUGUGUCUGGAAAGGAUUUCUGAGUGUUUUGGUACACUGCAUUUCAUCCAGUUUGACUUAUGUUUUACAUUGAAUUGUUUUACCUUCUUAACAGCCGAUCAAAGAUAAAGAUUACUUUGAACAAAUAAACACUUUGAUGCAGAUGGAUUAAAAACAGAAAAUCAUCAAGAUUGUAACUGCAAUGCAUCUGUUGUCUGUGCAAAAAGGUGCUCACCUUUACAAAUGUAAUGAAGCGCACAACCUCAAAAAUACAACAAGAACACCAGCUCUUACAUUUAAGGUGCCACAGCUGUGGCUGUUUUUAUUUACAAUUUUAAGACCCAACAUGUCCACUAUUCAUUAAUGCAAAUGGGCCUCUGUUCUGUUCUCAAUCUUCAUCCGUUUUUUGUUUCCUGUGACUUUUCUAACUUAUAACUGGAACUUUGUUGGAAGAACAGCUACGUUUCAUUUCCAUGACGUUUGGUGAAACCACAAGAGGCCGUUCAUAUUGAAUGGUCACCAAAUUAAUGAUCUUAAAAGGUCUUGGGGGAAUAUUUUGUAGACAAUGUAAAUAGAAUGUGUUGUUUGUAGGUUUUUAAUAAAAUAUAUUUUCUC